AUGGCCAGCUCAUUAUGCAAGUGGUGGUCCCUGAUCCUUGCGCUUGGAUCGGGGAUCUCGGCGAAGGAGAACAAUGAAGAAGACGACGAUGAGGAUGAUGAAGAGGAGGAGGACGAUAGGAGCUUGGAUCUUCUUGCGAGAUUCAUUGAGAAUGUUUUCAGGAAGAUAUCUCGUCGAGCUCGAAAGGCAGCUCGAUCCGUCCUCCCGUCGUCCAUCUCUACCAAAUUGAAACUGGUUAUUUGUAGGUGUGCAAAAAAUGUUCAAUGAAAGUGAUUUCUGGCCAACUGUGGCCGUCAUCCAACAUGAAGCAUGUGUUAUUCAGUGUGUUUUUUUCUUUUUCUUUUUUCCAUCCAUGUAACGUUGUGCAAUCGCCAGACACUUAUUAUAAUUUGUUACUGUUGAAUUCUUUUGCGCUUGAAGGGUGGAAUUUGGCACAAUUGAGCAA